GCGCAUAAAGUUUUGUCAAACAAACAUCGUGGCGUCACACUGUCAUGGCGGCGAGCGGCUCGGCUGUGUCGGUUUUAACUCCGAAUGGAAGAAGACAGACUGUCAAAGUGUCUGCAAACACACCUUUACUACAGGUUCUUGAGGAUGUGUGUAAGAAACACGGCUUUAAUCCAGAAGAACACGGACUCAAGUUUCAGAGGCUCGUUCUAGAUUUGUCUCUGCAGUGGCGUUUUGCUAGUCUGCCGAAUAAUGCCAAGCUGGAGAUGGUGGUGUGUUCUCGGCCGCAGACGGGAGCUGAGAGCGCGGUGCGGAUCGCGCUGCAGAUGGAGGACGGCUCUCGUCUUCAAGGCUCUUUCUCGAGUGGACAGUCGUUAUGGGAUCUACUGGCACACUUUCCUCAGACCAGGACGUCUGAUCUGGACGCGUCUGGACCCACACCAGUGUGUGUUUACAUGCGAGACGAGGUCAGCGGUGAGGAUGCGCUGAAGAAGACGACUCUGAAGUCUCUGGGUCUCACCGGAGGAAGUGCUAUCAUACGUUAUGUGCUGAAAGGCUCUGACUCCUCGUGUCCUGGUGUAUCUGUGGAUGCGGUCGCUAUGCCAACGGAUGCUGUUGCCAAGACAACCGUAUCACAGCCGCCUCCAGAACCACCCGAGAAGCCCGCCCCUGUUCCCAUGGAAACCCCGGCUCCUCCCACUGAGGUCGCGGCGCUGCUGAACCAUCAUCCUGUCAAACAGGAAGAGGAGGAGCCGAAGACGAGCCAAGAGCAGGUAGUGCGGCCCAAAUCUGACCAGCCGCCGUCCAAACUAAUGCCACAAGAGGACGACGAGCGACCCGGGACGUCCCAACAGUGCCAUGGCUCCGCCCCCUCAGCCACGCCCACUGACUUUGUUCCAUUUUCGGGAAGCGGACAGCGUCUGGGAGGAACUGCUGGACUGAAGAUGUCCACGUCAUGGUCGUCAUGUGUGUCUGGCAGCCCACCGAAAGCCAAGAAACCCAAACCCAGCCGUGAGAUCAAGAGAUCAGUCAGCGCCAAACAAGCGAUGAGGGACGAAGAGGAAACAGACAAAUAUCUGGAGCCGGUUGACAGGGAACCGCUGAUCUUCCAUCUGGACUCCGGAGCCCGUCGCCAUGACGACGCAGAGCUUCCUGACGAGUUUUUUGAGGUCACCAUGGACGACGUGCGGAAGAGAUUCGCGCAGCUGAAGAGCGUGAGUCUGACCUCAGAGACGCACUGGUCUUGUGUAAGCUGUCUUCCUGUUCCUGUCCUGUGCUCCAGCUGUGUGCCGCGCUCUCCUCCUGCCGUCUCCUCACACGCUCCCUCUGAAGACGACCUGCCGCCCGCUCCCGAGUCAUGUGACUCCUCCGGCCAGCAGGGGGCGACGGAGGAUGGCGGUGACGCGCUGACAGCAGCGGUCAGACCGGUGAAGACCGACCCCGGGCAAGUGCCAAAAUGGCUGAAACUGCCAGGUAAGAAGUGAGGUUUGAUCGAUGCAGGAGGACGGAAGCGUUCAGAUUCCCAUCAUUCAGCAGUUCAAUAGAUUGACUGUAAUUCAUGCAAACCUUCAUCAAAUAAAUACACGAUGAUAAC